UUGCGGACCAGUCGGCUCUUUGCGCGCGCAGAGCACGUCGGGGACUGAGGUCCCGCCGUCCCUUCUUUGGCGCGUGGAGCCCAGGGCAAGCGUACUACAAGUCCCGUGACGCCGCGCGAGCGAGGAGCGGGGGUGGGGCUGGGAGCCGGGGUGAGGGUGGAGUGGGGUGGGAGGAGAGUGAGGGAGGCGGAGGCGGAGGAGGAGGAGGACCGGGAGUGGGAUGGGGGAGGGGAGGAGGAGAGGGGGGCGGGGCCGAGCGGGAGCCGGAGUCUGAGGCGGCAGUGGUGGUGGUGGCGGCGGCGGCAGCGGUAGCGGCAGCGGCAGCAGCGAGAGUAGCGGGGACGGCGAUGUCUGUGCAGGUCGUGUCAGCAGCUGCUGCCACCAAGGUGCCUGAGGUGGAGCUGAAGGACCUAAGUCCCCCGGAUCCCGAACCGCAGCUCGGGAUGAGCGCGGCGGCCGUGGCCGCCAUGACCCCUCCGGCGGGCGCUGGGGACCCUGAAGCUCCGGCCCCGGCUCCGGCCCCAACCUCGGCCCCGGCUCCGGUUCUGGCUCCGGCUCCGGCUCUGGCCCCGGCCGCGGAGCGCCCUCCGGCCCCCGGCCCCGCCGCUCUCAGCCCUGCCGCCGCCCCGCCCGCCGGGAAGGUGCCGCAGGCGUCGGCCAUGAAGCGGAGCGACCCGCAUCACCAGCACCAGCGGCAUCGCGACGGCGGCGAGGCCCUAGUCAGCCCCGACGGCACGGUCACCGAGGCGCCACGCACCGUCAAGAAGCAGAUCCAGUUUGCUGACCAAAAGCAAGAAUUCAACAAACGUCCCACCAAGAUUGGACGCCGUUCUCUCUCCCGGUCCAUCUCUCAGUCAUCUACUGAUAGCUACAGUUCAGCGGCUUCAUAUACAGAUAGCUCUGAUGAUGAGACUUCCCCACGGGACAAACAGCAGAAGAACUCCAAAGGUAGCAGUGACUUCUGUGUCAAGAACAUCAAACAGGCAGAGUUUGGCCGGCGAGAGAUUGAGAUAGCAGAGCAAGAGAUGCCAGCAUUGAUGGCUUUGAGGAAGAGAGCUCAGGGAGAAAAACCUUUGGCUGGAGCCAAGAUUGUGGGCUGCACUCACAUCACUGCUCAGACCGCGGUACUCAUGGAGACACUGAGUGCUUUAGGGGCUCAGUGUCGGUGGGCUGCCUGCAACAUCUACUCUACCCUCAAUGAAGUGGCUGCUGCCCUUGCAGAAAGUGGAUUCCCUGUCUUUGCGUGGAAAGGAGAAUCAGAAGAUGACUUCUGGUGGUGCAUUGACCGCUGUGUGAAUGUAGAGGGGUGGCAGCCCAACAUGAUCCUGGAUGAUGGAGGAGACCUAACCCAUUGGAUUUAUAAGAAGUAUCCCAACAUGUUUAAGAAAAUCAAGGGUAUAGUAGAAGAGAGUGUUACAGGAGUUCACAGGCUCUACCAGUUAUCCAAGGCUGGGAAGCUGUGUGUGCCAGCCAUGAAUGUCAAUGAUUCAGUCACCAAACAGAAGUUUGACAAUCUCUACUGCUGUCGGGAGUCCAUUCUUGAUGGGCUUAAAAGGACAACAGACAUGAUGUUUGGUGGGAAGCAAGUGGUAGUCUGUGGCUAUGGAGAGGUGGGGAAAGGGUGCUGUGCCGCCCUGAAGGCCAUGGGUUCCAUAGUGUAUGUGACUGAGAUUGACCCCAUCUGUGCUCUGCAGGCCUGCAUGGAUGGAUUUCGACUUGUGAAACUGAAUGAGGUCAUCCGGCAGGUGGACAUUGUCAUCACUUGUACAGGUAAUAAGAAUGUGGUGACAAGAGAGCACUUAGAUCGCAUGAAGAACAGCUGCAUCGUUUGUAACAUGGGACAUUCCAAUACUGAGAUUGAUGUGGCAAGUCUUCGAACCCCAGAACUGACCUGGGAGCGGGUGAGAUCUCAAGUUGAUCAUGUAAUCUGGCCAGAUGGAAAGAGAAUAGUGUUAUUGGCAGAGGGCCGCCUGCUGAACCUGAGCUGCUCUACAGUGCCUACAUUUGUGCUCUCCAUCACUGCCACUACUCAGGCUCUGGCUUUGAUAGAGCUUUACAAUGCCCCAGAAGGACGCUAUAAACAGGAUGUCUACCUGCUACCCAAGAAAAUGGAUGAGUAUGUGGCAAGUCUUCACCUGCCCACCUUUGAUGCACACCUGACAGAGCUGACAGAUGAGCAGGCCAAGUACCUGGGCCUCAACAAGAACGGACCCUUCAAACCUAACUACUACAGGUGA